AUGGCCGCGCUCCUCCGCCUCGUGUUAUUAAUGUACUUCAUAAAUACAGCUACUGCCCAGACUACUGACUGUCUGCACUUCAGUAAGCAAUGUAUAAAUGUUGCAAAUGGAUGUGAGAGUGUCUGGAGUACUGUUGAAGAUGUCUGCAACAUUUCAGGUAAUAGAUGCAAGGCAGAAGACACUAGUGGCUGUAAUAGAAUCAUCCAGGUCCUGGCUGAUGAAUACCCAGAAUUUAAGAACUGUGUCUGCACUACAGAUGAUUCCUGUAGCAUCACAGCUUUCCUUGGGAAACAAUGCAGGAUUGACAAAGGGAACCAAGUUUCAGCAGCUAGUGAAAGUGAUGCUCAAGAUGAUGAUGAUAAAAGUCAGGACACUGACACAGAAAAUAUUAGUAUGGAAACAAAAUUACAGUGGAGUUUAUCUGCUCUCUCCAAACAAGCACACACAGCAAACAGAACCUGUUUGGAUGUGAACAAGGACUGUGUUGAAGAUGAAGUAUGUAACAAACAGUUGUCCCUGUACCUUAAGGUCUGCUCAGUAAGUAAGAAGUGCAACAUGGAAGAAUGUCAAGCAGCCAUCAGGUUCUUCUAUCACAACAUGCCUUUGGAAGUUGCCCAAAUGAUGAUAUUUUGUGAUUGUAUUCAGCCUGAUGAAUCCUGCCACAGAGCCAAAGAACUUCUUCAUGGCAAGCCCUGUGCAGUUACUGCAGUUCCCCACCCAUCAUGCCUAAAUGUAAUUCACAUGUGUGAGGAAAAUGAAUUCUGCAGGAAAAAAUAUAAAACUUUUCAGUCAAAAUGUUGGAGACAUGUGACCAAAAAAUGUUAUGAUGAUGAAGCUUGUCUUGAAACUUUAAUUAAGGAUGACAUGCCCUGUUCUGCAAAUGCUGAGUGCAAAGCAGCCUACAUUAGCAACUGGGGCACAAUGCUGCAUGUGGAGUGCACCUGCCAGAAUUCACCUCCAGCAGAACAGCCAUUGUGCAAGCUCUUCCAUCACAUGCUUCACAGUACAACCUGCUUCAGUGAGCUACGUGAGUAA